AUGGAGGGAGGCAAGCAGUCUCGAUUCUCGAUGUUCAAACUCAACCAGAAAGCGGCCCCGAUGCCUCCCCCACUGCCGCCAAAGGACCCAGUCUAUCUGGAGGCAAGGAAUCGGUCUAUGGCUUCGCUGUCACCCGACUCCAUUCCGACUUCACCACUAUCCGGUGACCCAUAUGGGCCCAGUGGCUCAAGCAUAUCACUUGCGCUACCGCCUGCUGCUCCAGCGCCAAGGAAGCGAGGAGGGUUUUUCAAGUUUGGGAAACAGAAGAGUGCGGAGAAUAGCCCAGGCGCAGACGACGAGAAUAUCUCAAUGCCAUGGAACUUUUCACACAACAUGCACGUUGAUGAGGCAUUCACUGGGCUCCCCCCAUCCUGGUCUACGUCUUUGCAGGAGGCGGGUUUUACAGAGGACGAAAUUGCUGCCAUUCAACAACGUCGGAUGCCUGUCGAUCGAACCCGAGGGUUUCCCCCUUCAGUCGUGAAGCCAGUGCCUCGAACAACAUCUCUUCCAAAGUCUCAACAUACUCCUGCCUCAUCACUAAGCGCUUCAUCAGUCAGCGCUUCGUCUUCGCGGUCAUCCCCUGCCCCAGAUCAACAACAGCGACCAAGCCCACCACCUGGUUCCUGGCAGGACACCCCAAAACAACGUCAGGAGACUCAAAGGCAGCAAUUUGACCAGCGCGAUUACUCGCCAACACCCUCUCGCAAGCAGUAUUCACCUCAACAGGACCCCCCGGCACGUCAAUACUCCCCACAACAACAAUACGAGCGUCCAAAUUACUCAUCCCCGUCACCCCCUUCACGAGAACCCUCCCUGCAACGCUCUGUUUCUCCUCCAUCUCGACAACAGACCAAGUCGUAUUCACCAUCGCCCUCGCCAUCUCCACCCCCAUCUCCAGAACCAGACAGACGUCCGCCUCUUAAUCCAAAGAAUUUGAAGCUCGAUUUGGCUCUUGAAGAGUCAGCCGAUUCGUGGUCAGACGCCAUUCUUUCAGCAACACCAUGGUCAGCAUCAGCCCAAUCUCCACGUUUUACUGUCACGGCCCCACCCGCCGAAUCUAAACUCAUCAAUCAAGUGGAGACAGAGGUCGACUCAGGGCUCGCGUAUGACGAUCUCAGUCCCAGUCCCAGCCCGACCAAGGCUGCCUUUGGGAGCACAUUAGAUAUAUCACCAACUGUCCGCGACAAUCGUGACUCAGGAAUGAGCGAUGCGACAAUGCUGGGGGUACCGGCGAGCGCGGGUGUUGUGCGCAAAGUCAGUUUUGCCAGGAGAGCAGUGGCAAACGUUGUUGCAACAUCCGUUGUUCCACCACUUGCUUCUCCACAAAGCUCGCAUUUUGGCUCGUCAUCUUCAAGCGAAAGCCAAGAUCAUCAAACGCCAACGACUGAACUUGCUGAAGACGAAGAUGAAGACGACACCCUCGAUUAUUAUUCCACCGGAAAACACUAUCUCGAGGAGAAUGGCUUCAACUUUGGGGCCGGGAAGAAGAAUCAGGGUCCGAGUGCGGAGGACCUGGAGGAAGAGGCGAGACAACGAGAAUGGGAGGAAAUGCAGCGAACUCACGUGGAAUGGAAAGAAAGGAAGGCUCCCUCACCUCCUCCUCCAGUCAAAGCGGCAGUGAUACAACCCUUGAAUCCUUCGGCAGUGCCGAAAACUCAGAUCAGGCAACAGGCUGACACGUUCGGGGCUGCCGAAGAAGAAGAAGAGGACGACUACGAAUACGGUUACGACUUCCCCUCUGAAGACGAAUUAGAAUCAGAGGCUGUCGGAAGCGCUCGUCCCAGCCCGCGGAAAACACCUAAUAGCGGACGGCCGGUAGUGCCGAAAUUAGUCACUUCCAAACGAGAUAACGUCUCUCCAGGCCCUCUAACGGCGCUUAGUUUUGCGCAGACACCCAUCACACCAGCCCAUCGAUAUGCAGGCUGGGUCGCAGCUACCGUUUCCCCACUAGAGGAAUUCAUUGACGAGCCAAACGAUCCUCGAGAUUUCUACGUGGACCUGCAAGAAAUCGCCGAGGGCGAGUCAGGAAGUGUAUUUGCUGCUGUUCUCGAGCCGACAGCACCGUUGGCAAAACUCAAGCUACCGCCGCUAAUCAAAGCACGCGAUGCCGACGACGUGGCUCAUGGAAAACAAGUUCUUGUUGCCAUGAAAUGCGUUGCUCUUGUGCCCGGUGGCUCACAGAAGCUGAUUGAUCUCCAACGGGAAUGCACUUUAUUGAGAGGACUAAUGUGCGAGCAGUUGUUGGGGCUUGAUGCGCUUUAUGUCGAUUUGAUGGACGACGCGUUGUGGAUCAGGAUGGAGCUCAUGGAGCGGAGUCUGGCGGACGUAGUUGGGUUAGCAGAUCAAGGCCUCAGGCUACAAGAACCGCGAAUAAUAGCCAGGUUUGCAAGCGACAUGCUGCUGGCCAUUGACUACCUGCAAAAGCACCAGAUUGCACAUCGCGACCUCCGUUCGGACAACUUGUUGCUCAACUCCGAGGGCGUCUUGAAGCUCACCGACUUUUCCAAUGCGCUGCUGGUAACACCGCAACAGCCUAUGUCCAACGAACAGGUUGGUGUCAUGUACUGGCAAGCGCCGGAAGUCCUUUCUGGCUUCUAUGAUCCUCUGAAAGUCGACGUUUGGUCAGUCGGCGCGACAAUUUGGGAGAUCGCAGAAGCCACUCCUCCGUUCUCUGAUACCGACCAGCCCGAGGAACGAUGGCCACCAUUAAGCAACCCAAGCAUCUACCCGCCUGCAUUACACGACUUCCUGACAUCAUGUUCUGAACCUGCGGCGUCAAGGCCGACUGCGAGUGCCUUACUCAAGUCACCAUUCCUCCAAAAGGCUUGUGGCCGGACCGUGAUUGUACAACUGCUUUCAAGAUGCAUGGCCAUUGAGCAGGCAUUGCAAGAAGGCGAAAGUGCACCUGAUUCCCCCUCAUGA